UACAUAAACUUGUGACGCCUUUGUAAGAUUGAAAUUCUGACCGAAGCGAUAGUGUUGAAAGUCAAAACCCUAAAUGGCAGAAGAAGCAGUAGCCGCCGCAGUAGCACUGGAAUCAUUGUCCGUCGCUGAAUCAUCAUCAACCAAUUCAAAUCCAAAUCCAACACCGCAGUUGUUGAGUGCGGAACAGAGAUUUGAGAUCGUAAGAAGCAUCGGAGAAGAGUGCAUUCAAGAAGAUGAACUUCUUAACCUCCUCGCUAAAAAGCCUCAGCCUGUUUGUUACGAUGGUUUUGAACCUUCUGGACGAAUGCACAUUGCUCAGGGUGUCAUGAAAACAAUCAAUGUGAACAAGCUAACAUCUGCUGGUUGCCUAGUCAAAAUAUGGAUUGCUGAUUGGUUUGCUAAGCUUAAUAACAAAAUGGGUGGAGAUUUGAAGAAAAUUGAGAUCGUUGGCCGCUACUUGAUCGAAAUUUGGAAAGCCGUUGGGAUGGAUCUGGAAGGAGGAAAAGUUGAGUUUUUGUGGUCGUCUAAAGAGAUUAAUGCCAGAGCUGAUGAGUAUUGGCCUCUUGUAUUGGAUAUAGCUCAGAAGAACAACCUUAAAAGAAUUAUCAGGUGUAGCCAAAUUAUGGGACGGAGUGAACAAGAUGAAUUAACCGCUGCUCAAAUAUUCUAUCCAUGUAUGCAGUGUGCUGACAUUUUUUUCCUCAAGGCCGACAUCUGCCAAUUGGGAAUGGAUCAGAGAAAAGUGAAUGUACUUGCCAGAGAGUAUUGUGAUGUUAUUAAGAGGAAGAACAAACCUGUCAUCUUAUCACACCACAUGUUACCUGGUCUACAACAAGGGCAAGAGAAGAUGUCAAAAAGUGACCCUUUAUCAUCCAUUUACAUGGAGGAUGAAGAGGCCGAAGUGAAUGUGAAAAUAAAAAAGGCAUAUUGCCCGCCGAAGAUUGUGGAAGGAAACCCAUGCUUGGAGUACAUUAGAUAUCUUAUCUUACCUUGGUUUAACGAAUUUACUGUGGAGCGUAAUGCAGAUAAUGGUGGUAAUAAGACGUUCAAAAGCUUUGAAGAGUUGAUUGCCGACUAUGAAAGCGGGGAGUUACAUCCGGCUGACCUUAAACCGGCUUUGUCGAAGUCAUUGAAUAAAAUUCUAGAGCCUGUAAGGCAACACUUCAAAAAUGACAGCAAUGCUAAAGAGCUACUAAAAAGAGUCAAGGCUUACAGGGUCACCAAGUAAUGUUCUGAUUAGACUUCAGGCUAAUUUUUUAUUUCGAAACAGUUCUAGAAAUUUUCAUUGUUUAGAAUACAUUUUUUUCAUUUGUGAAAUACGGUGGAUAUGAAAAAUGUAAUAAUACUUGUAUGGGUUUCAAAUUUUGUUGCACUCUCUUAUACAGAACAAACAAAAUCAAAGCAAUAAUAAGGUACGGAAACUUAAGGGUA